AGAUUAUUCAGGCGACAGGUGAGAUGACCCAAUAACAAAACAACGCUGGAUUGAAACUUCUGGUUUUUGAAAAAAGUUAUAAUAUUGAGACUUAAAAAAUGGGCAGAGCGACGGCAUUUAUCGGCAUUGGGUGCGUCGCCCUCGCCGUUCUGUGUAUGGUGUUGGCGUUCGCAAGUCCGUACUGGGUGGAAUCCUGGGGUAAAUUUCAGGGUCGGUUCGUGAAGAUCGGACUGUGGGAAGUGUGCUUCAACGACUACACCUUCUACAAGGAUUACAAUGGGAAACGCUACAAGGGCUGCUGGUACAUCUUCUCCAACGCCAUCAGACCCAUCUGGGAGUGGAUUUCUCCACCAUGGUUCAUCGCUGUACAGGUGAUGGUGAGCAUAUCGCUGCUGUUUGAAGUCAUUGUCGCCAUCUGCCUCAUCCUGUACCUCUUCAAGCUGUUCCCGUCCUACCUACAUACUGUGGUGAUGCAGGUGUCGGCCGGCGCAAUGGCCAUAUGUCUGCUGUUCAUCUUCAUAUCGGUGGUGGUGUUUGGUUUGAUGAAGGAGGACCGGGACUGGGUCCCACGACCCGACAUGAACUUCCUUUCCUGGUCCUACGGUCUGUGCUGUAUGUCUGGCAUCUUCUGCAUCGCAUCCAGCUACCUGCUCUUCAAGGCUUCCAAAGAGAGCAAAGAUGUCGACACCGUGUACAGAAGUUAAACUCUUGUUAACCAGCAUUGCCUUUAGCUAUCUUAUAUUCAUGACUAAGAACCAGGAGAGAGUAAAGAUGUUGAUGAUCACAGUUUACAGAAGUUAAACUCUGUUAACCACCAAAUUAUAUAUAUAUAUAUAUAUAAGACAUCCAUGUAUAAUAAUGGGUAGUCAAACAAAAUUUAUAAUGUAUAAUAUUGAGUGCCUCCCUCCCCCCAAAUAUAUAACCCUACUGAAUAUGGAAUUACCUAAAUAGUAUAGGUAUAUUUCACACCCAGCAAUAAAUGCAAUGAGCGUCACAUUUUUUUUACGUACAAUUUUGCAUCUGUUGCUAUUUUAACAAUAUUUGACAUUUGACAUAUGGGCGUGAAAUGUUCACUGAAGGUGGAAAAUAUCCAUAUUGUAAUGGGCAUAAAAUAUCAAAGUAAGAGUCCACAUACUUUUUUUUUUGUAAUACAAUUCCAUAAUCAUUAGGGUUAAUGUUUUAUUUUGGGCCGUCCAAUAUAUGUACUUCUUGUACAGCUGAUCUGCAAGUUAGUAGCAUAAGUAGCUGUAUGUUUCUAGGGGAGGUCCACAAACAAGUGGGGAAGGUGUGGAGCAGAUGAAAGUGAUGUGGCUAGCCAUUAUUAAAUGGAAUACAGCAAACUGUUUCGGGGGAGGUUAGAGUAGGGGAGAGAUAGUUCGGAAAUAAAACAAGCAUAUACACACACACACACACACCCCCCCCCGUACCUUUGUCAAAAAUGUCUGAAUAUCAUUUUUAUAUGACAUUUAAUGUAUAUCAGCACAACAGACUCAUGUUGAUCAACCUAUUGUGUACCCUGCCCACCCCUUUUUGAUCUCCUACUUGAACUUCAACUCGUUUUACCAUGCCCCUAUACCACUAAGGUUUCAGGCAUGUCCAUCCUGGGUCCCGUCUUUGGAUAGUCAGGGACUUGACCCGGGACAGAAUGUCCAACUCUUCUUACUAAUAACAUAUUGGUUACUUGGUAUCUUGUCUGAUCACAUUAAAGGGCAAUAACUCUAAAUAUUAUUUUAAUAUCUGAAGAAGGUAUGGGCUAAACUUCAAUAUUACACAUUGUUGCUGCUCAAAAAUCUUUGUAUAACAAUGAAUAAGUUUUAAUAAUUUAACGUGGUAUAGCAUAUGCUUUUUAACAUAUUGGGUUGUGAUAAAAACUAAAUAUAUGUGAUUUGGUGCUGAAUACAUCACACAAAUUUAAUUUUUUUUAUUGCCAUAGUUCCACUUGACUUGACUUUAAUCUUUUAACAUGCUCCUAUAUCCCAGAGGUUUCAAGCAUGUCUAUCCCAGGGCCCCCGUCUCUGGAGGCCACGGGCCGGCUCCGGGACACCCAUAGUUCUACAAUAUUUUUUUAAUAAACAAUAUAUACACAUUUCUCUUCAAAUCAUUCACAACUGCUUGAGUUCAAUUUUGAUUGAUGAUGUAUAUUACAUCUGUAUAAAUAUAUAUAACACUGUUGUACUAAUGUGUAUUUUGUAUGAACGUAAUCAAACAAAGUAUUCGUUAAACACUGAAAUAUGCACAAUUUGUGAUUAUAUUUCUUUUGUAUAUAACUGUAUUUCCUAAUUUUGUUUUAUUUAAACCAAAUUUAGUUCAAAUACAGAUAACAUUUUAUUUCAUGUUAAAUUUUUUUUUAUUAUAUAUUAACGGAUACUUUGUAAAUGGUUACAUUUUUAAUAUGUUAUUUACUUGAAAAUUGCUUGGUAUUCCAUUAGUUUGGAAUAGAAAAACUCAUAACAUUCCAAUUUGUAUAUAAAUAAAACAUAUCCAUGUAUUCAGGAAUAGAUUAGUGGAUGUCGACAUAUUUUUAGUAAUUUGUUUAUAGUAUGACAUAAAUGUUGUAUUUACCUAUGUGCAAUCUGGAAAAAAGGUUAACUAAUCUAUGUAAUAACAUUACAUUUGAAGAGUUCAGAUGCAAAAACUGAUAAAUCCAUUUUUGUAAUUUUCUGUAAAACAUAAAGUCCACAAUGGGCGAUCUUAAUUUGAAAUAAGUAAAGUAAAUAAAGAACAGAAUUAAAAAAAAAAACAAGUAUGAAAAUCAGAACAUAACGCCUUGAACUGACUAAUAAUAGCAGAAGUCGGUUUUUAGAUCAAAUCGCAUUUAUCGGUUUUUGCACCUAAACUCUUUCAUUUACACAUGAACAUAUAAUGGAGAUACUAACAAAAGUCACAUCAGACUGAGCUGUCGGUAAACUGGAUUAUGUUCAUUACGUGGAUUUCAUUAUCUGGUUCAGUUUGAAUUUUCUACUAGCUAUUAAACUGACCUUCCAUUCUAAAUUGCGAUAUAUGAAAAGAGCAGACUGUAAUAACAUUUGGCUUAAGACUUUAUUGACAAAAUCUCCGUAAAUAAAAUGUGUUGGGUGUGUCGUAAAUAAAACAAUUCCUUCCUUUUAUUAACAAAUUCAGAGACAAAUUGCUACCCAUUUUCAGUCUUCACCACGAGCACCUGAAGAUCAUUCUCCUAAAAUGGUGCUAGGCAAGCAGUCACAUGUAGUUUUGAAUAACAUUUAUGAACAAAUUUAUUGAGUUGUGAUAAAUUUUCCACUUUCCAGGGGAGUGUAAUUAAUAACUCGCCUUUCCUGGCAAAGACUGCAUUUUACUUGGUUAAAACAUGUAGUUUUGAAUAACAUUCGUUGAAAAAUGUAUUGCAUGGUGAUAACAUUUUCACUGUUCCAAAACUUUCCAGGGGAGUGCAAUUGAUAAAGCAACCCUUCCUGGUUAGUUAUUAAUAUUUUUUGCACAGCAUUCACCAAAAAUGGUAAAAAAAUAUUUUAGAGAUCUAGAUUGCUCCUGGGUGUUAGAUUUAAACUCUUAAAUAGUAGAUGAUUUUGCAUCUAGUAUUUAUCAAAAAUGGUUUUAAUGCAUUGCAGUUACGUUAUGUUUUACCUUUGUCAUAAAUUUUGCAUUUGUUUUAUCUUUUUUUAAUAUAUUUUUUUGUAUUGUUUUAAGACAUUAAUAUUUUAAAACUAAAAACUUUUUUUUUCUUCUUGAAAUAUUAGUACAUUUUUUAAAGAGGUGAACUUAUUUAAUUAUUGAUAUUAAAAGCUUUCCAUAUAAUUUUACUACAUAGUUAUUUUAAUUUGUUUUAAUAACCGAUUUUUAAAUAGUGAAUAAAAAAAGGAACUUACUGUUAUUUUAACUAUUGUCCUUAAUUAGGGCUACCUCUAGGUGACCAGAAAAUUUCGCCAAAUUGUCUAUUAAACUUUAAAAAAUGUUAAAACACAGUUAUUUACUAACAAUAUCAAUUAUUAUAUACUAGUCUUAUUCAACUUACCGUACUAGCACAAUAACAAUGCUAUAUGACCCUGAUUUAUAACCUCCACUUCAUAUACGGUCUACCCAUGCGCGGGUGUAGGCUAUACAUCCGGCAAGGGGAGAUAAUUCUGCAGUGGAGGUUAUAACUCAGGGUCGUAUAGCAUUGUUGUUGUGCUAGUACUAUGUAAGUAUGAAUAAUAAUGAAAAUUAAGAAAAAAAAUUUCUCAAAUUAUUUCGCCAAUGGUUUUUAAAAUUCGUAAAAUUGGCGAAUUUGGCGAGUGCCAAAUCUAUCCCUGCUUAAUGCUUCGCAUGUUCAUUACGGUAUGCUUCAACUAUAGCAGUCUUAUAACAUUUUUAUAUUCAGGAUCCAAAGUUUUCAUUUUCAUUAUUAUAUGAAUUAGUUCUAAAAAUUCAUUUUUUAAUUUAAAAUCUUUUUUUAAAAGAAGUAGAACAACAUUCCAAGAAAAAAAAAAAGAAUCAAAAUUACCCUCCUGAUUUGUUUUAAUAUUGUUUUUUAAUUUUACAUUCCACAAAAUAAAUGCAUUGUAAAUAAUAUUAAUACAGAUGCAGUGAGUAGUACAAAUAUACUGGUUUUGUGCUCAUUUGUCAUAUCAUUAUGCAUUGUAAAUGUAAGAGGACAUUUUUUUUACAUUAAAAUAAUUAAAUACCA